UGAUAUGUAAGCGGAUAAAAGGCGCCACCAAGUAGGCUAUCUCCGGUAUAUUCAUCCUAUUCUAGCGGUCUACGCCGAGGCAACCUCGUGUUACAAAGGGUUACCACCUAAUUUACUACCUAACUUAGGAGGUACCUAGGCAAUAUUAUAUACGAAGCAUGACCCCAGGGGUGUUAGACUUGAUUGGGGACUUGAAUACCUAGGUAGCAAUCUGAUAAAAGGGACUGGUCGACCGUCAUAACCCAUAAUCAACCAUUUGCCCACCUACCGGCUUGCAUUCUAUUCUUCGUCAUUCCUUUCCUCAGGUCAAUCAAGUAAUCACAAAUUGAACUAUGUUAUUUCGAACCCUGGCAGUUCCAGCUGCUGUUGCAGCAGCUUCUAUCAUCCCUCCCAGGGCUACCUGUGAGAAUCCAACUGUCAGAAAAGAGUGGCGUUCUCUAUCGGCAGAUGAAAGAGACUCGUAUAUCAGCGCUGUCCAUUGCCUUGCUAAGCAACCCUCUAAGCUUGGCUUAAGUACGACGCAAUAUGAUGAUUUCCCGUUUGUGCAUAAUGCUCUCAACAACGACAUCCAUUUCGUCGCGAGCUUUCUCCCGUGGCAUCGCUAUUAUGUGCACAUUUACGAACAAGCACUUAAGGAGUGCGGUUAUACUGGAGCCGCAGCGUAUUGGGAUUGGACAUUAGACUCAGAUGACACUCCCAAGUCCUCAAUAUGGGAUCCCGUCACUGGUGUGGGCGGCAAUGGAGAUCCUAACACGCCUGUGACGAUAGACGGAUACACCUACAAGUGCGUAUCAGAUGGGCCGUUCAAGGACCUCCGUCCUGCCUAUCUUACUGAUACAUACGUACCGCAUUGUUUGAGGCGGAAUUUCAACAACGGAUCCGAUUCAAUUGGAGAUAUGUUCAGCCCGCGUUACACGCCCGACGCCGUAGCCAAGAUUCAUGCCCUUCCCGACUAUGAUAGCUUUCGCAUUAAUCUUGAGAACGGACCACACGGCGCGAUUCAUAGUGCAGUAGCAGGCGACCUGAUGCCCGCUACUUCACCCAAUGACCCUCUAUUCUUCCUUCACCAUACGCAAAUUGAUCGUCUUUGGUCUCUCUGGCAACAGGUGGAUCCAGAGACCCGCGUAAACGACUUCAGCGGUUUUAGGACUCAAAACAAAACCGGACAACCAACACCUGCUCAAGCCACCUUGGAUGACAUUAUGCCUAUGCGUAACCUUGCAAAGGACAUUCCUAUUCGAGAUAUCAUGUCCACUCAAAGCGACCUUCUCUGCUAUACUUACUAGACCACGUGUUUUCACAUUUGGAUCUAAAAUCGAAAUUCUACUUGGAUUUGAUCCAUAGGCUUCCUACUCUAGUACAUCUCUAGAGUACCUUUCUUCCUCAAGAACAACGAUAUGACAUCCCCCACUAAGUAUACAAUUACAAAGAUCCACUAGGUAGUACCUAAACGGCUUAAAGAGAUACCCACCAUUUGUUAGUUUGAGAUGUAGAUAUAGACAAGAGGUCACCCCCAGGGUAACACAAGCCUAAGGUUGACACCACACCAUAGUUCUAUAAUAUUUUUAAUUAUUAUGUAUAAGUCAUAU